CGGAUGAUAGGCGGAGUUCUCAAAAGCCACUAUCACUAUCACUAUCACUAUCACUGGACCACCACAAUCCCUCUUAAAACCCAAGAACUUUUGUUCUGCUUUCUUAUAACAAAUAGGAUAUUUUUGUUUUGAGAAGGAUGUAACCAGAAUAUAAAUUUAAUCACAAAAAUUGAUUUGGGCAUUGAACAAUGUUUUCCUCUUACACAGUUACAUGCCUGAUUUGAACGUGGCGCAUGAAGAAUGCUGGAUGAUAUAGAGUGGCGGAAAUUGGGUUAAGCUAAGUUUCAUAGAUUAUUAUUAUUAUUAUUAUUAUUAUUAUUUGGUCGAAUAAGUUGCAUGGAUGAUGUGUGUGUGUGUGUGUAUAUAUAUAUAUAAGUAAAUAUACAAAUAGUGAGAGAGAGGUUCAGUGAGCCUGAGGAGAUACGAUAUAUAUGUGUGUGUAUAUAACUAUAUAUAGAUAGACAGUGAGAAUAUUAGAGACGACAAAGAGAAGAGACGUGGUGUUUGGGUGUGCGGGUAGGUUAUAAGGUGUUUGGAUUGAUCAGCAUCAAGAAUUUUGAAAAUCAAGGAUUGCAGAUGGGUAAAUCGUGUAGUAUAUACCCAUUAGGAAAAUCCACUCUUCAGACGACAUCCACCACUCCGAUCCCAGCAACAGAUUCCUCUGCUUCUUCAUCGUUUCAUCGUCCCUUUCAGUCAAUCAAUUCGAGCGGCCACAAGAUCUUCUAUUCUUGCAACCCAAAACUUGAAUGCCCUGUAAUUGGACUCCAGGAAAGGGAAUUUUACCAUCGCUCGAUCUCUCCGUUCUCUUUCUUGGAUUGAUUGAUUAUUCCUCAGCAAUCACAAAAGUAAAGACGGCUUUCCAUCACACACACAAACACAGAGACUAAUAAAUGGGAAGGAUGCCAUGCUGUGCGAAAGUAGGACUGGAGAGAGGAGCAUGGACUGCUCAGGAAGAUAGGAUUCUAUCUAAUUACAUCAAAAUCCAUGGAGAAGGCAAAUGGAGAGACCUUCCUCAAAGAGCUGGGUUGAAUCGUUGCUGUAAGAGUUGCAGACUCCGGUGGCUGAACUAUCUUAGGCCAGACAUUAAAAGAGGUAACAUUACUGAGGAAGAAGAAGAUCUCAUUAUCAGACUGCAUAAUCUCCUUGGUAAUAGCUGCUGCAGAUGGGCGCUUAUUGCUGGAAGACUACCGGGGCGAACCGACAAUGAAAUCAAGAACUACUGGAACACCAAUUUGAGAAAGAGAAUGCAGGGUCAGAAGAACCAAAACUCUACCAAACAACAACUCAAUAAUUUGAAAAAGAAGGAAGCUAUGGGGAAAUAUUCCUCAAUGCCACAAAUCCAACCACACCCCGUGAUACGAACUAAGGCCCGGCGAUGCACCAAGGUUAUCAUCCCACAACACCACCAGCUGCAAGAUAAUCAGAUGUUGUUCAAGGGAAGUAGUAGUUAUGUUCCCACUUGGGACCGCUACAACCCGUCCUCUUCCUCCCUAGCUAUGGAGGACGAUUCCUGCAAUUUUUUUUCGGAUUUCAACAUCAGUGACCUUCUUGUAUCAGAUGUUCUUAACUCGGAAUUUGACGACAAUGGUGGUGGCAAUGGAGACUACAGCGGCAUGAACAUGGCUUCUGGUUAUGAUUUUCCUCUUCCUGCUUCUGAAGCUAUGCUGAGAAAUUUAACUAAUGAAGAAGGAAUUGUAGAAAAUCGGAACUUUAGUGAUCUUCAACCGAGUGAAGCUUUGGAGGCACUUGCAUCUUUUCUAAAUUUGGAGGUUGAAUGAAUUGAUUGAUGUAUAUGUGAUGACUAAUGAUAUAGAGUUUUAAAUUCCUA